UUCAGCUGUUGAUGAUUUUAAACUGCCGUGGAGUAAAAUUAGUGGCAUUGUUACCGAUGGCGCACCCGCUAUGGCUGGGGAACACAGGGGCUUAUCAAAACUGAUAUGUGACAAAGUCAGCGAACAGGGAGGCAACGCUGUUAAACUACACUGCAUAACUCACCAACAGGUCCUCUGCGCUAAAUGUGUGUAAUGUGAACAUGUUAUGCAACCGGUGGUAAUGACUAUUAACUUCAUUCGCUCCAAGUCGCUGCACCACCGUCAAUUUCAGCGGUUCCUACUCGACAUUGAUGCGGAAUAUGGAGACGUUAUCCAGAGGUGUCAAGUAACGAAGUACAAAUACUUCGUUACCUUACUUAAGUAGAAAUUUUGGGUAUCUAUACUUUACUCGAGUAAUUAUUUUUCAGACUACUUUUUACUUCUACUUCUUACAUUUUCACGCACUUAUCUGUACUUUCUACUCCUUACUAUUUAAAAAUGGCCUCGUUACUCCUAUUUAAUUUCGGCUUGUUUUUAUUCCGCUGGCGUUCAAAAAACACAAACAAAAAAACCUAUCCAGAUAAUUCGCGCCAGAGUGAAUUUGAUUGGUUGGAUGAGAAUAUAAACAUGUACCAUUCUUACACCCUAUUGGUUUAUACGCGAUCCAUGGCAUCUGCGCAUGACCAGACUCGUCUACAUUCUCUGACUUGACAUAAAUUUGCGCCACAUUCCAGCUACGAAAUAGCAGAAGUAGACGAUCAAAAUGUCCGAACCUAGCACCAGUGAGGCGGCUGGUGGCCAAGAAGACCAGCCAACCCUUCCUCAUCCCUGGCCGUACCUGGAAGAACUGUUUGAAAUGGUUGGAUGCAAAAAUAACUCAUUUCGAAUGCGCUGCAAGCUCUGUGCACCCAAGUACCACGAGCUAAUGGCUUUCAAAAACUCGCCAUCUAAUUUGAAAAAGCAUAUUGAGAAGAUACACCCCACCCGUCUAGAGAGGUACACACAACUUUCUUCAUCAGCCCUCAAAAGGAAGCCAUCCACUGAAGAUUCUUUGACACCACCCUCCAAACAAACCAAGCUUUGGGAGACCCGAAGAGUGUCCCAGGCAAGUGUGGAUAAAGUAGUCCUCAAAUUCGUUGUCCAAGGCUUGCACCCCCCACACAUUGUUCAGCAACAGGGCUUCAUUGAGCUUGUGCAACAUCUUCAGCCAAAUACAAAUGUCAUGACGCGCAAUACGGUUGUAAACAAAGUCACAAAGGCCUCUGUUGAAAUGAAAAGAAACCUGAAAGCUGCCCUAAGUGAAAUUGAGUUCAUAGCAACAACAACAGACUGCUGGACGGCACACCGUCGCGGUUUCAUUGGUGUCACUGCGCACUGGUUUAACCCCCAGACCAUGCAGAGAUCCUGUGCUGCCCUGGCAUGCAAGCAACUGAAAGGGUCACAUACCUUUUAUGCCCUGGCUGGUGCCCUAAAUGAUAUUCACACAGAAUUCAAUAUCAGAGAGAAGAUCGUUCGCACUACAACCGACAACGGAUCGAACUUCCUGAAAGCCUUCAGAGUUUAUGGGCAGUCUGACGAGAACAACAAUCCUGAACCUGUAGGAGAGGGUGAUGGAGAAGAGGAUGACGGUGGCCAAAAUGAUGAUUCCAAUGAAGAGGAAAGCAUUGAGGGUGUUGAAUUUGUUGAUGCCGGAGCCCUUUUAAAAGAGGAUGACUACUUGGAAUACCAGCUACCCAAGCACCAUCGCUGCGCCUGCCACCUGCUCAAUUUGGUGUCAACAGUUGAUGCUUCUAAAGCAGAGAGCAACCCAUUGUACAAGCGUGUGGCAAGGUCCACAUUUUCCAAAUGCUCUAGCUUGUGGAACAAAAGUUCAAGAUCAAGCACUGCAGCUGAAGCAAUUGAAGACCACUGUAAACUACAACUCGUAAGGCCUGUGCCGACAAGGUGGAAUUCACUCUUUUCAGCUGUAGAAAGAAUAGUGAGAAUCACCAGAGAACAAGGAGAAGGAGCCCUUGCUGACUUAGAUUAAGUCAGUUUUAUACU